AUGCCGCGCCUCCGUGAGGACGACGACCACGACUUGCUGGAUGAAUCGCGGGAGAGGGCCAGGCGCUUCCUGAAUGGCUUCUUCGACUUUGCGUUCCAGGGCAAUGUCCUCGAAAUCGCCUUCGGUCUGAUCAUCGCCUCCAUGUUCACCGCGCUCGUGACCAGCUUCGUCACCGACAUCCUGCUGCCGCCGCUGUCGGUGCUGCUGCCGCUGAACAAGAACCUCGAGGAGAAGUUUGCCGUCCUGCGCCCGGGGCCGAAUAAGCCCGACGAUGGAGGUUAUAACACGCUGAAGCAGGCCCAGGAAGAUGGUGCUGUUGUCAUGGCGUACGGCUUCUUCCUGAACCGGCUGCUCAACUUCUUGGGCGUUGGCUUCUCUCUCUACGGGCUGGCCGCGUUGUACCAGUACUUCUCCCAAGACCCCAUCAUCAAGCACACGGUCAAGUGCAAGUACUGCAGGAAAAGGAUCAACGAGAAGGCUUUGCGAUGUGUCAACUGCUCAAGUUGGCAGGACGGCAGGGAGGACCAGUACAGCAACAGAGCUGCGUUGGUACAGUUGGCGGACUGA